GGAACUUCCGGUGCGUCAGGACUGCAUCCGGGUCGGGAGGUGUGCUCGGCAGCGCGCGGGCCUUUCCAGAGGACGACCGGGCUGCGAGGGGAAUGAAGGAUGGCAGCGCGCCGUGUGUUAAAAGCUGUUUUGGUAGAUCUCAGUGGCACACUUCACAUUGAAGAUGCAGCUGUGCCAGGCGCACAGGAAGCUCUUAAAAGGUUACGUGCCGCUUCUGUGAUGGUUCGGUUUGUGACCAACACAACCAAAGAGAGCAAGAGAGACCUACUGGAAAGAUUGCGAAAACUGGAGUUUGAUAUCUCCGAAGAGGAGAUCUUCACCUCUCUGACCGCAGCCCGAAACUUAAUAGAGCAGAAACAAGUCAGGCCCAUGCUACUGGUUGAUGACCGUGCACUGCCUGAUUUCACAGGAGUUCAAACCCACGAUCCCAACGCCGUGGUCAUAGGACUGGCCCCAGAGCAUUUUCACUACCAGCUUCUGAAUGAAGCAUUUCGGCUGCUUCUGGAUGGAGCCCCUCUGAUAGCUAUCCACAAGGCCAGGUACUACAAGAGAAAAGAUGGCUUAGCCCUGGGACCAGGACCAUUUGUGACUGCCUUAGAGUAUGCCACAGACACGAAAGCCAUGGUAGUGGGAAAGCCAGAGAAGACAUUCUUUCUGGAAGCAUUGAGGGACACCGACUGUGCACCAGAGGAGGCCGUCAUGAUAGGAGAUGAUUGCAGGGAUGAUGUUGAUGGGGCUCAGAACAUUGGCAUGCUGGGCAUCUUAGUUAAAACUGGGAAAUACAAAGCAGCAGAUGAAGAGAAAAUUAAUCCACCUCCCUACCUAACAUGCGAGAGCUUCCCUCACGCUGUGGACCACAUCCUGCAGCAUCUCCUGUGAUCCAGCGUGUGUUGUCCGGACUGGAUGCCAUUUCUGACAAGGUGGCAUCAGCAGGCUGCGCCAUGCAGUGCUCAUCCUGUUUAACCCUUUCAUUACAUUAAUUAGGAACAGGGGUAUUGAAUUGCAGCCAGCCCUAAACCUUGCUAAUCUCUCUUGUCUUAUAAAAGAAGAGACCUGAAGAAAGGGAGAGCUGGCAUAUUCCGUGCUAUUGAGUUAAGAUGCUCAUCCGGGUCAUGGGGCUGGGAGGACGGCUCCUGCUAGUGUGGAGAAACAGCAGUGGUUCUCCAUUUCUCUAUGGCGGAAGCGAGAGGGAUCCUCUGUAUGACUGGCUCACACAGAGGUGCCCUGAGAGGUGCAUUAGGCUGUCAUCAAGAUGCCGGAGUCAGCCGUGGAGGCCAGCAGACAAACCACAGAGCAGCAAGGUAGCAGCAGCACGGCGAGCCCUUCAGCUGAGGUGCAGUGAAGCUGCUUUAACAGAUGUGGAAAGCCAGAUCUUCCACUGUAUUCCCAGCACAGAUGACUUUUUUCUCUUCAUUAGCCAGAGAUGACUAAUUUAAGUUUAGAACCCGAAUUUAAUUUAAAAUAAUAUUUCCAUUAAUAACCUAUUCAUUGCAGAUACCUAUUAUACUGUGUAACAGUUGUUUUGGAAAUUUUAUGUAAAAUUAAAACUAUCAGUAUUUUACAGAUGUUUUAAUUAGACAUUGUUAUUAACAGGAACAGUGCAGAAACCAAAAUCAAGCCUUUAAUGUCUUAUAGACCGUGCAUUUUUGAAGUUAGUGUCCACCAGGGACCUAUUAACUGUACAUUUGCAAGAUUUCAUUAUUUUUGCCUCUGACACUAUGGGAGAAAUCUUUUAGGAACUAUUGGGACAGAUUCAAGCUUUUAUGUACUUCUUACUACAGUUGUAAAAUGAGAUCUCGUCUCGGUGCCUGGAUUAUUCUUCUCAUGUUAAACCCACCCAAAUGAAGGAGACGAAGUCGGUAAUGAUUUUCCUGGUGCAUUUGCAUGCUGUUCUAAUCCAAGGCCGUGGCAAUUGUUUUACAGGGCUCUUGGGCACUGAAUUAUUAGAAUGUAAUUGUGCAUCAUCACAGUGCUCACCUUAUUGAGGCACACGCUAAUGUUAAUGAGCUUCAGGCUUUGAUGCUUGUUUAGAGAUCAGCUCCGUCUUAGAACAAAGCUAAAGAAAUGG